AUGUUUAGCAACCAAAAAUGUAAUUUCUCAUUUGACUCUUCUUGUUUUCAGCCUUCAUUUCAAAUAUCAUUCCAUGCUUACGACUUCGAUUCUGUCGGUGGCAAUGAUGAUCUUAAAGUGACAAGUUACGUGUACAGAGGAAAUACAGCUACAGGAUUGACAGUCACCACAACACCUGGAGAAAAGAACUUAUGGAUAAAAUUACAACUGACAGUUUCGUGCUCGGAAAACUCUUUUGGUCCAGGGUGUGAUAAGCAAAAAACAACAACAGUAGCCACUACCACGCAUAAACCAAUGACUUCUGCACCGAAACCAACCACUACCACACCAAAAUCAACCACCACCACGCCAGAACCAACCACUACCACACCACAACCAACAACUACCACACCACAACCAACAAUUACCACGCCAGAAUCAACCACUUCCACACCACAACCAACCACUACCACACCACAACCAACAACUACCACACCACAACCAACCACUUCCACACCACAACCAACAACUACCACACCACAACCAACCACUACCACACCAGAACCAACAACUACCACACCAGAACCAACAACUACCACUUCAGAACCAACCACUACCACACCACAACCAACAACUACCACACCACAACCAACAACUACCACACCACAACCAACAAUUACCACGCCAGAAUCAACCACUUCCACACCACAACCAACAACUACCACACCACAACCAACCACUACCACACCAGAACCAACAACUACCACACCAGAACCAACAACUACCACUUCAGAACCAACCACUACCACACCACAACUAACAACUACAACACCACAACCAACAACUACCACACCACAACAAACCACUUCCACACCACAACCAACCAGUACCACACCACAACCAACAACUACCACACCACAACCAACUACUACAAUACCAGAACCAACCACUACCACACCAGAACCAACAACUACCACACCAGAACCAACAACUACCACUCCAGAACCAACCACUACCACACCACAACCAACAACUACCACACCACAACCAACCACAACCACACCACAACCAACCACUACCACACCACAACCAACCGCUACCACUCCAGAAUCAACCACUUCCACACCACAACCAACCACUACCAUACCACAACCAACCACUUCCACACCACAAUCAACCACUUCCACACCACAACCAACCAGUACCACACCACAACCAACAGCUACCACACCACAACCAACCACUACAAUACCAGAACCAACCACUACCACACCAGAACCAACAACUACCACACCAAAACCAACAACUAACUCCAGAACCAACCUACCAAAACAACCAACAACUACCACACCACAACCAACCAACACACCACAACCAACCAGUACCACACCACAACCAACCACUACCACACCACAACCAACAACUACAACACUCGAAGCAACCACUUCCACACCAGAACCAACAACUACCACACCAAAAGCUAUCACCACCCAACAAAAACCAAUAACUUCCACGACAAAACCAACCACUUCAACACGAAAAACUUCAAGUUACACGCCAAAACCAACCCCUACCACACCAGAACCAAUCACUACAAUACCAGAACCAACCACUACCACACCACAACCAACAACUACCACACCCGAACCAACCCCUACAACAUCCAAACCGACCACUACAACACCCGAACCAACCCCUACCACACCAGAUCCAACCACUACCACACCAGAACCAACCACUACCACACAACAACCAACCACUACUACACGAAAAACUACAACUUUCAGGCCAAAACCAAACACUUCUUCGCCAAAAACAACCACUUCCACCACAUCAAAACCAACAAAAACAACUACCACACCAAAAAAUAUCAGCAACGACUACCACACCAAAACCAACAAAAAUUACCAUACCAAAACCAACAACAACCACUUCCACACCAAAACAACAACAACUAUUACACAAAAGCAACAAGCAACUACUUCAACAAAAUCAACAACAGACUUCCACAGCAAAAAAAACAACAAUAACUACCACGAUAAAACCAACAACAACUUCCACACCAAAACACUCAACAACUAUACCCCAAAAGCAACAACAAUAACGACCCAACAAAAAUCAACAAGAACUUCCACACCUAAAAACCCAACAACAAUCUUCUACACCAACAAAACCAACAACAACACUAUGACGACAAUAUCACUAACACCCCAACCAGCAGCAAUGUCCUCUAAGCUAAAAACAAAAACAGUGACUAUUUCACCAACACUAACAACAACGACUUCUAAAAUCACUAGAUCAACAAUUUCACCAAGCACAGUCAAUAUCCAAACAAAAACCACUUCACAUUCAACUACUACAUUGAGGGAGAUAACCACUGUUCGUUCCCCUGGAGGAAGUAGAAAACAAACAUUCAGGAUAUUUGGUCAAAUAUCAACAAAUCAACUUCAACAACUCAAGAAAGAAAUAAUAAAGCAUCUACAGCAGCUUAAUUCUGAUAAACAAUCCUUUAAGAUUGAGUUUCAAGUCGAAUUCAUGUUCGGUACAAAUAAUGAUCCAGUAACGGAGAUUCUAUACAACUACAAAUGUUUGCAAUGUGACCUUGAAGACGAUCAGUUUAAGAACGGUGUCAAGGCAGCUCUACAGACAAUGAAACUGAAACAAUACAAUGGAGAGGUAAAUCCCAAGAAGAUAAUUCUGAAUAAAAACAAGAAAAACACUGGACUUGUUGCUGGAGUUGCUGUAUCUGUUGUGUUGCUGUUAAUCAUCAUUACAGGAAUCACAGUUGUGUAUGGAAGGAAGAAGCAACAGAGAUUUAGACGCAAGGAUAAGGAGUCGCGUAUGAACGGACAUAAUAAUAUGGCGUUAAAUAUACAUGAUUCAGAAGACAUUGCAACUUUCAAAAUACCUGUUUCUGACACCAGCAGCUAUGAUAAAAGUGUGUCUCAUGUGAUAAUGAAGCGAUAUGUCGCUUUGUUUGUAGUUGGUGACUAUGACGUGAAGUUGAAGUUACUAGAGUACAACAGAGAUCCAGACAACUGCUGUGAUGGGUUCUUUGGUUUUGGCUGCAGCGAGUGUGAUGUUUUCUUUCAAAUUUGUCUGCAUUCUUCACAGGGACUUCAGACUCUAAAUUGCAAAGAAAAACAUAUGGAUCAGCGAGCUCAUGACAAAAAUCAUUUUUUAUUCUCCGAUAUCCCUGCAUUAAAAGACCAUGCUGAUUACUCCUGGAAGAAUCUCACUGGUCAGCUUAAUUUCCAAAUAUCAAUAAACGUCUAUAAAUAUAACUCGAGAUAUUCCUACCCUAACAUUGGAGUGACAGACUACACCUACAAUGGAAAUGUAACUGCAGCACAAAAUAUCACGACGAAACCUGGAAAGAAAAACGUACGGAUAACACUACAGUUUAUAGUGUCGUGUUCGCCUCAUUUUCUGGCUCCAAAAUGUGAUCAAAGGAACAUUUUACCCGUGAUAACCACGACUUCAGUAGAGACAACAAACGUACCUUCUAAAACUACUUUACUUGCAAAGACUACUUCAUACAUAACCACUAUCCAGUCAACAACAAUUACAAAACCAACAACGACUUCAGGACGGAUUAUGACGUCAUCAUUAUCAACAAAAUCCAUACUAUCAAAUACAACCAUUAAACGAACGCCAAAAACUUCACCAGUAAAAACAAUAAAGCAAACAAACGCAGAAAGGUUAACUACAACAACAAAAGCAUCAAGUACAACUUUAUUUACAACAACUAUACCAUCAACAUCAAACAUAGUUCUAUCAAGAACAAUAACAUUACCAAAUUUUAAUAAAUCAACUACAAAUAAAGGAACAGCAAGUACCGCAACACAAACACAAUCGAUAUCUACCUUGUCAACAACCACCAGUCCACCAGCGACCAGUACACAAACUAAAACUACUACACAAAAAAGCAGCACAUCACCACCAACUUCAAAAAUUGAAACAAGCAUAUUUCCAUCAAGAACAAGCACUAUGGCAGCAAUUUCUAAAUCAGCAACAAACAUGACAAUCACUACCAUAACACCAUCAACAAGCACGAGACUACAAACCAGCACAAAAACAACAAUAAAAGGAACAUCUCCUGCACCAACAACAACCACAAGUUCAUCAACAAUAUCAAAGCCAUUGACGACUAUACCACUAGGAAAAACAACAACACCUUCAUCAUCAACCACAAUAUUAAUGUCAACAACAACAAAAUCUAUGUCCACAACCACUAAAUUAACAGGAACAUAUAAACCUACAUCAUCAACCUCUAAAUUAACAGGAAAAACAACAAACCCUACAUCAUCAGCCUCUAAAGUAACAGGAACAACAACAAAACCUAUAUCAUCAACCAUUAAAUUAACAGGAACACAUAAACCUACAUCAUCAACCUCUAAAUUAACAGGAAAAACAACAAACCCUACAUCAUCAGCCUCUAAAGUAACAGGAACAACAACAAAACCUAUAUCAUCAACCACUAAAUUAACAGGAACACAUAAACCUACGUCAUCAACCUUUAAACUAACAGGAAAAACAACAAAAGCUACAUCAACCAUUAAAUUAAUGGGAACAACAAAACCUUCAACAUUAGCCACUAAAUUAACAGGAACAACAAAAUCUACAUCAUCAACCUCUAAAUUAACAGGAACAACAGCAAAACUGAAAUCUACAUCAUCAACCUCUAAACAAACAGAAACAACAACAAAACCUGCAUCAACAACCACUAAACUAACAGGAACAACAACAAAACCUACAUCAUCAACCUUGCAGCCAACAAUUGGAACCACUAAUCUUACAGAAACUACGCGGAAGACAACUAAAUUAAGAAAAACAACAACUAAACAAACAACUACACCCAAAUUAAAAACAAUUAUACCAACCAAAGCCAAUUCAUUGACAAUUUUUACACCAAUAGCGACGAAAAAAAUACCAACAGUAACUACAACAUUUUCAUCAACAACUAUACAACCAACAACAGUCAAUAUGUUAUUGUCAAAAACAACGACAAGAGCAACUACAGCAACUACAUCAAUAACGAAUACCACACCAACAGUGACACUUCCCACAAGAUUGGCAACAACCAUCUCCACAACAACAUCAAAAUCUGCAGCGACACAAACAAUACCAUCCGCAUCCACAACUACAUUAAAAUUAACACCAACAUCACAAUUAGCAACUACACCAACAAAGCCUCUAGCCACUCCAACAUCAUCUUUAACAACCUCAACUACAUCAACAGCAACACCAAAAUUUGCAACUACAACAACAACAAAACCUGCAGGAAAACCGUCAGCAACCACAGCAAAAGCAACUUAUACAUCAACAACAAAAUUAAAAACCACAACAACAGAAACGAAGCCUUCAGCGACAUCAACACCACCAUCAUCAACUAUGUCAUCGACAAUUUCUACAUCAACAGCAACAACACGUUUAGCAACUACAACAACAACAAUACUAACGACUAAAAAUUUUACCCUGACCGCAAUAACAGACACACAAACAAAGAUAACUCAAACCCCUAAAGCAGCAACGAUGCAGUCAUCGUCCUCAAUAAGGACAACGACAAAAGCUUCUUCCCCAACAACUGUUACAUCUACAGAUACAGCCGUACCAACAACAACAAAGUUACAAAGAUCGACGACUACAGAAAAGACAACAGUUACACCAUCUACAACAACAAUAUCCUCAACCCCGACUACAUUGACAGUGACAAGUGAAACUUCAACAGCGACUAAAGACAAAACUCAACAAGUUCAGAGAACUGGAGAUAAAAAGCAAACUAUAAGGAUAUUUGGCAAAGUGUCAAAGGACCAACUUCUACAACUUAAAGACAAAAUACUCAAAUAUUUUAAACAAUUUGAUCAGAGUGGCAUUACAUCUUUGAAUAUAACAUAUAGAACUGAAAUGGUGUUCAGUGAAAACAGUGACCCAGUGACAGAGGUACAGUACACGUACAAUUGCUUACAAAGUGACCUUCAGGAAGAUCAGUUCAAGGACGGUGUCCAGUCAGCUCUUCAGACAUUAAACCUAAAACAGUACCAAGGGGAGGUAAAUCCAAAGAAGAAAAUCCUGGAUAACAAGAGCAACACUGGACUGGUUGCUGGAGUUGCUGUAGCUGUUGUGUUGCUGCUAGUCAUCGUCGGAGGAUUCACAGUUGUGUACAGAAGAAAGAAGCUAGAAAGAUCUAGAGUAAAAAAUCAAGAUUUACAAAUGAACGGACACAGUAACACGAUGUUGGAUAUUGAUGAUACUGAAGAUAUUGCAACCUUCAAGAAGCCCACGUUAGAAACAAAUGAUCUCUGACCUUACAUCAUGUUAAACAUGAGGACAUAUGAGGCCAAGUAGUGAAAUGAGAACGAGGCGCCGUCAGGC